GGAAAUAAGAUAAUCUUUUUAUAGUUUAAUAUAUAUAUUAAAAUAAUUAAAUUUGCUUUUAAUUUUUCAGUGAUCAGAAAUGUCUGACAGUGAGGAUGAAGGAAGUGUUUACUCUGAUGCUGGAAGUGGUAGAAAUGAAGGUGGAAGUGAUAAUGAAGAUGGCAAAAGUAACGCAGGAAGUGACAUUGGUAGCGAUGUAGGAAGUGAUGACGGAAGUGAAGUUGCUUCCCCUGUCAACAGAAGAAGAGGUCGUCGUAGUGUGGACGACAUCAUAGAUGAUGAGGAUGAAGAUGAUUAUGAUGAAGAAGAAGAUGAAGACUAUGAAGAAAGUGGAAGAAAGAAAAAGAAGCCGAGACACGCUGGAUACAUCUUAGAUGAAGCUGAUGUGGAUGAGGAGGGCGAUGAGGAUGAAGAAGAGUGGGAAGAAGGAGCAGAGGACUUGAUAGACAAAGUCUCCUCUUAUGAAGGCCCCACCGCCAAGGAAAUCGAAAACAACAGAAGACUGGGACAUUUAUUCAGUUCCCAGAGAGAAGAUGAGUUGGAGGAGUACUAUAGAAACAAGUAUGGACAGACAUCAGUUGCAGCUCGCUUUGGUGAGGGAGAGGAAAUGUCGGAUGAAAUUACACAACAGGGACUUCUUCCAGGUGUCAAGGAUCCCAACUUGUGGCUGGUGAAGUGUAGAAUUGGAGAAGAGAGAGCCACAGCCUUACAGCUGAUGAGGAAGUUUAUUGCUUAUCAAUUCACUGAUGAGCCACUACAAAUUAAAUCAGUAAUAUCCAAGGAAAGUUUGAAGGGAUACAUUUAUAUUGAGGCUUACAAACAGACCCACGUAAAACAGGCCAUUGAUGGUAUAGGGAAUCUCAGAAUGGGACAAUGGUCACAACAGAUGGUACCUAUCAAAGAAAUGACAGAUGUGUUGAAAGUUGUGAAGGAGACAGCACAAUUAAAGCCCAGACAGUGGGUUCGGUUGAAGAGGGGGAUCUUCAAAGAUGAUCUGGCUCAGGUUGACUACUUUGAACCAGCACAGAACAUAGUCCAUUUAAAGAUGAUACCUCGCAUUGAUUACUCAAAGAAACGAGGUGUGCUGAGAGUACAGGCUGAUGAAACAGAAAAAAGAAAGAAGAAAAGAAGACCUCCACAGAAGUUAUUUGAUGUUGAUGCUAUAAGGGCUAUUGGUGGAGAGGUGACCAGUGAUGGAGAUUUCUUAUUGUUUGAGAAUAACCGCUACACCAGGAAGGGCUUUCUGUUCAAAAGCUUUGUCAUGUCAGCAAUCAUUGCAGAGGGAGUGAAGCCAACCCUGGCAGAGCUGGAGAAAUUUGAGGAUACACCAGAGGGGGCGGAAGUAGAAUUGGUGCCCGAGAAACAGCAAGGGGAAGUAAAUCACAACUUUGUCCCCGGGGACGUGGUGGAGGUUUGUGAGGGGGAGUUGGUCCACCUCCAGGGUAAGGUCAUCGGCGUGGACGGAAACAAGAUCACGAUGCUGCCGAAACACGAAGACCUUCGGGAUCCUCUGGAGUUUAUGUCACAUGAGUUAAAGAAACACUUUAAGAUGGGGGACCACGUGAAGGUGUUGUCUGGGCGAUAUGAAGGGGACACGGGGCUGAUCGUCCGUGUGGAGGAUAAUCUUGUUGUACUGUUCUCAGAUCUCACAAUGCAUGAGAUGAAAGUUUUGCCCAGAGACCUUCAGUUGUGUACAGAUAUGGCUACAGGAGUGGAUUCUCUAGGACAGUACCAGUUUGGAGAUCUUGUUCAGAUAGAUCCACAGACAGUAGGUGUCAUUGUAAGAUUAGAGAAAGAAAAUUUCCAGGUUCUAUCCAUGCACAACAAGAUACUUAACUUAAAACCAGCAGCAGUAACAAGGAAGAGGGACACAAAAUAUGCUGUUGCCUUGGAUUCAGAAAACAACAGCAUUCAGGUCAAAGAUGUCAUCAAGGUCAUAGAUGGACCUCACUCAGGUAGACAAGGAGAAAUAAAACAUCUGUACAGAAGUUACUGCUUCCUGAUGUCAAGGACAAUGACAGAGAAUGGUGGUUACUUUGUGUGUAGGACUAGGCAUGUGGUGCUAGCUGGAGGAUCAAAGGGUACAAACAGAGCUCAGUUGGGAGUGACAGGAUUUGCCCCAAUGUCUCCAAGGUUAUCCAGCCCAGCUCAUCCUGGGGGUGGGGGAGUGGGAGGAGCUCCCGGUGGAGGGGGUGCCACACCAGGGAGGGGCAGAGGAGGGAGUGGCCUCAGCAAGAGGGACAGAGACCUCAUUGGAACUACAGUCAGAAUCAUACAAGGGCCGUUCAAAGGUUACAUUGGAAUUGUCAAAGAUGCCACAGAUUCAACAGCUCGUGUGGAGCUUCAUUCCAGCUGUAAGACUAUAUCAGUGGACAGAAGUCGUCUCAGUAAUCUCGUUGGUGGCCGUUCUGUUGGAUCAGCGGCUACUCCUGGUGGUCGUACUCCCAUGCACGGCUCCCAGACUCCCAUGUAUGGAUCCCGCACACCUAUGUACGGUUCACAGACUCCACUACACGAUGGGAGUAGGACUCCUAAUUAUGGCAGUAUGACUCCCCUACAUGAGCCCGGAAGCAGGACGCCAGGACAGAGUGCCUGGGAUCCCACUAAUCCCAAUACACCUACAAGGAAUAAUGACUUUGACUACCACUUUGAUGAUAACCCCUCACCUGGGGAUUAUGGUGGAGCCACCCCCAAUCCAGGUACCCCUGGAUACUCAGCAGACACCCCCAGUCCAAGGGGACCCUUCACACCCCAGACCCCGGGGACCAGUUAUUCCCCUUAUGCACACCCUUCACCUUCACCUGGAGGUUACUCAGUGAACUGGCACACCACAGAAAGCGGUCAAGUUGGAGGGAUGUGUUCAUUAUUUAUACCAGAGGAAGAUAAAGUGGUCAACAUUGCAUGUGAACAUCUGGAGCCUGUUCCACCAGAAAAAGGAGAUAGGGCCAAGGUGAUCCUGGGAGAAGAGAGAGAGCUGACAGGAUCAUUACUGAGUAUAGACGGAACGGAAGGUGUGAUCAAAACAGACCAAGGAAUCAUCAAAAUGUUACCCAUCAACUAUCUCUGUAAGGCUGGCAACUGAUGUUAGGAAGACAAAGUUAGCAUUACAAGAUACAGAAGAGCUGUUAGGGAGACAGUCAGUGUUACAAAUGUCCAAGUCAUAGGGUAUAUGAUAAAGAGAAAGAAUUUUCUUGGAUAUGAAGAUCAAGACUAUUCCAGAUUUUUUUCUUUUAUCUUUGCACAAGCAGUGUUUUUGUGUCUAAUAACAAUUGAGGGAGAGGAUCUGCUUGUCAUCUUGUUUUAUCAGGAGUCGAUAAAGACAAAUUAUACACUGUUCAUAUUGCAUCUCUUGAAUGCUUUGUAUUAUUACUGUCAACAAAACAUUUGUUAAAGAAGCCAUAUUUGCAUUUCUUAGUUUAUUGAUCUUAUGUCAAAUCUAGAAUGCUUUUAACUGAAUUUUCAGUGUUUUGGAAACGGAUAAUAAAAGUGUGAAUCACA